AGUAUUUCUAUGUUUUUAUUACAAACCGGGUGUGCGUGCCCGCGCGUAUGCGUGUGCACGUGAGGGGGCAGACCCCGAGAUAAGGUUGAAUAAACCCCCCGCCGAGCGGAACUUACGUCCAGCAACAAAACCCUCUUAAACCCGGAGGAGGUCUCCGCUCCACACAGACCAGUACCAGCACCAGUACAACCACCAGCACCACCAGUACGACGACCAGCACCACCAUUACGAGCACCAGCACCGCCAGUACGACCACCAGUACGACCACCACCGUCCACGGUAGAUCUCCGCGCCGUGGUUCACAACCCGAGAUGAAGGAAGUUCUCUUCUGCGUUGCGCGCCUCCUUGUGCUCUUGUCCCUGUUGGCCGCCAGGCUCGCGCAUGGAGGCAGACCGCCGCUCGCUUACCUGGAGGACUGCGACGACAACACUUGCUUCCUCCUGUUCCCCGGAGCACACGACUUCGCGGGCGCUCGGGACGCCUGCCUUGCGGAGGGCGGCAUUCUCGCGACGCUGCCGUCGGCGGCGGAGGCGCGCAGGGUCCAGGAGUUACUGCUGCGCGCGGGCAUCGGGAGGUUCUGGAUCGGCCUGACCCUCGCGGAAGGCCGGUGUCCCACUAACGACUCGGCAAAUUACGGCUACGAGUGGGUGACCGAGGCCGCUGCUGGAAUCUCCUCAAACUGGACGGGGGUCCCGGACAGAUGUGACCGCAAGUGCGUGUCCGUCUCGACGGACGGCGCGUGGCAGCAGGAGUCGUGCGAGGGGACUCUGGACGGGUUCCUGUGCUCCGCGCCGUUCGGCUGGUGUCGCGUCGCGGACCGGUCGGCCGAACCGGGAGAGCACUUCGCGUUAAACGGUUUCAACGCACGCGCGGGAAAACCCCAGGUGGAACCCUGUGGAUGACCCGAGGGGAGAAGGGCUCGCGCUACUUCGACUCCAAGUGGCUGUGCGGGCACGGCAAGUGGUGGCGCGCGCCGUGGUUCUGCGAGGUGGAGACCGGCGGCUGCUCCCACACCUGCGUGAACAGCAUGUGCACGUGCCCCGACGGACUGAAGCUGCACUCGAACAACGUCACGUGCGUCGACGAGCGCGAAUGCUCCGACACCGCGGACUGCACUGGGGAGCACGUGCAGUGCCGGGAGCGGCUGGAGGGGGGCGGGUCCGAGUGCUCGUGCAUGGACGGCUACGCCAUGGAGGACGGGGCGUGCAUGGACGUUAAGAUCUGCGAGCUCUGCGAGCACAUGUUGUGCCCCACGGUGGAAGGGGCUAAGGUAUGCACGUGCCGCUCCGGGUUCGUGGUGUCCCAGGAGAACGCCACCCGCUGCGACCCCCACUGCGACAGGCCCGAUUGCCCCGCCCACUGCGUGGUGGACACCAAGGGGCGGUCCCAGUGCCGCUGCCCGUCGGGCUAUGUCGUCGACGAAGAGCUAAGCGCUGCCCCGCUGUGCGUACGGAUUGACGAAUACGACAACUACUCAAAUCCCACCGACCCCACCCCGGGCACCAGCGAGGGGCCGGGCCCCAGCGAAGUGGUGGGGCCCAGCGGCCCCCCGCCUGCCCUCCCGGCCACAGGGGUCCCGGGCUACGUGCGGGUGGGCGCAGCCCUGGGCAUCACGGCGUUCGUGGCGGCGGCCAUGGCGGUUGCCUGUACCUUCCGCUGCGCUGUGCGCUGCGGCGCGCCAGCGGCACGCUGGAGCUGAGCCCCGACGGCGGCGGGCUCACCCUUGCAGCAGGUCACCACCGAGAAGUACCAGCGCUUCUCCUUCGACAAGCAGAGCCGCGAGACCCCCGGGUGGUGACUCCCCGGGGGCCGCCCAACCCGCCACCGAGACCCGCUCUACGGAUCCGAUCAGGGACCGGCUCUGGUGUGCGGUGGAGCCAGGACCAGACUGGGACCCUUAACUCACCGACACCCCCCUCCACAGGGGGCUCAGAGGCAGAGCGGGGGCUGGAGCCUCCCUGGAGGGUGAGGGCCCCUCAUCUGUAGAGGGUGAGGGCCCCUCACCUGUAGAGGGUGAGGGGCCCUCACCGCUUCCUGGAUCUGAACUCACUGUCAGUCACCUCGAUAUUAAAGGUUGGGUAUGGAAUUCUCUAUUUUGGCCAUUUUUGCAAAAUUACUUGAAAUCCUUAUCAUAACCCACUUACAGCCACUGAGUUAGAAGUACUGACAUGAAAAUUAAACAAGUCAAUCAUCUGUGGAACGGGCAGGGCUCGGAAAACUCCAGCCAAUGAUUUCCAGAACCACCGAGUGGCAUUGGACAGUAAGUACGUCAAUCAAACGGUCGUACUGCACUCCCCCUCCCCCGCGCGUGGCCCCUUCCUGCACGUACUCAAAGCUCGUGACCCAGAGCAAGCUUCUGCUUGUUGUUAUCCUGCGGAAGCUACUGGAGCUAGCUAACUAGCUAAUCCACAUUUGGACCUAGCACUAGAAGACCUAGCACUCCUUCGCGCUGUCAGCGUUGAAGGAGAGGGGUUAGGAUCAUUUGAGUUGUGUAUUUUCAAAAUCUGCUGGCGUUUCGCAAAUCCCAUACCCAACCUUUAACUUCUGAUAAAUUAAUUGAAACGUGAAAAAACCCUCAACGUUGCCACUGUAUUGACAUUGGCAAGAACCACCUGACGUCACCAGGGCAACACCCACCUGACGUCGCCACGGCAACACCCACCUGACGUCACCACGGCAACACCCACCUGACGUCACCACGGCAACACCCACCUGACAUCACCCACCUGACAUCACCACGGUAACACCCACCUGACGUCACCACGGCAACACCCACCUGACGUCAACACAGCAACACCCACCUGACGUUGCCACGGCCACACCCACCUGACAUCGCCAUGGCAACACCCACCUGACUUCACCACAGCAACAGCCACCUGACGUCACCACGGCCAAACCCACCUGACGUUGCCAGGCAACACCCACCUGACAUCACUACGGCAACACCCACCUGACAUCACUACGGCAACCCAACCACAUCACUACGACAAUGUGAAUGUAAACAUGACGUCCCGAUGGCAACAGGAACGUAAACCUGACAUUACCACGGCAACAUGAAUGUAUAUCACCAGGAUCUAACUAUAUUGUAAUACAGUAUUAGUAGUAUUGUUUGGUUUGCAUUAGUAUUUACUAUUUAUGGAUAAUUUUGUGUUGUAUUGUGAGAAGUCAAAUUGAAUUUAAUCAUAUUUUUGACUAUUACCUUUGUUUUUAUAUUUUUUAUUUUAUUUAUAUUUUAUUUUAGAAUCUGUGCUGCUGUUACAACGUAAUUUCCCUUUGGAGAUUAAUAAACUAUCUUUCCUCUC